AUGGGGCGUAGAAGACCCAAAUUACCAGAGCCUACCCUACCUACGUUUAACGGCGAGUACGAAAGUUGGAUAUCGUUUAAAUCAGAAUUUGAAGCCAUGAUUCACAAUCAAACCGAUAUUAACACCAUAGACAGAUUGACGUACCUACGACGCUCACUUACGGGGCCAGCUUACAAUAAAGUGAAAAUGCUCGCCAUUACACCAGAAAAUUAUGACGAAACUUGGAGACUGCUCGAACAAACUUACUCGGAUUCCCGAAUCAUCGCUUCUCGACAUCUAUACCUCCUCUUAAGUUUGCCAGUUCAAGGGAAGGAAGCAGCCGCAGGCCUAACGAAACUAACAGACGAUACGCGGCAACAUUUAGCAGCCCUCAAAUCAAUGAAUAUAAACGUGUCAUACGAAAUCGUCGUAACUAUUUUAGAGAGAAAGAUUCACGAAACCACCGGUGAUAAAUGGAACACUCUCAAAAGAGGUGUCUUCCCAAAACUAGAAGAUAUGCUCGAAUUCCUUAGUUCACGAGCAUCUAGAUUGAUCAACAGACAAAACGACAAAUCUCUCCACAUCCACGACUCUCAAGGGACUUCAAGAAAACCACCAAAACGUUCUUAUAAUCAAGCCUUCGCCAGUUAUACCGAAAAGAGAUGUUUCGUAUGCAAGGAGAGAGCCCCCCAUCCAUUAUUUAGAUGCGAGAAAUUUAAAACUUCGUCACCAACACAACGUCUGAAGACCAUUACCGAUGCCAGUAUGUGCGUUAACUGUUUGAGGGGCAAUCAUCAGGUGGAAGAUUGUCAUUCACACAUCAACUGUUGGGUAUGCGAAGGCCGCCACAAAACCCUUCUGCACAAGGCUAUUAAUUCAGAGAAACCAGCUGGAAACGGAGCCAGUUAUCACCAGCGAAGCACAUCAAUACAAGAUCAUGCAAAGGAAUGA